UCGCCCCAAGCCACCCGCGGAGGGCGACGCAGCGCUGCCUUAAGCCCGAUGUUAGCUGCAUGAGCUGAUAUCCGACUUCCGCACAAGCGCACCCAGUUAGCGUCUGCAUGCUCCCAUCCCAUCUCGCAGGUCAUGUUGGGCCUGCGUAUAAGACCUCCGUGAGCGCCUGAUCACGGCCCGCGCUCGAGAUGUCCGUCCUGACGUACCACCAUGCCCGUUCUUCUUGUCCAUUAGCUUUUUCUUUUUCCUUUCUGUGUCUUUUCCGUUCAUCGACGCUCUCUUAGUAGACGUCGCAGGAGGUUGGCAUUACCGGCCGCUUCCUUUUUUUCUCCUUUUAUUUUAUUUUAUUAUAUAUGUGUGGAUUUGAUGAGAUCAUCAACACUAUACCCGCUGGCGGCGUAUGCCCUGGGCAUACGACUAGCAACAGCAGCAGCAGUGCUCGGAGCACAAGCCAUUAUACCCCAUGCGGCGGCGGCAGUAGACGAGGCAGCACUAGCACCAGCAGCAGCACCAGUAGCCUUUGUGCCCAAGGCCAAGACGGUCAUCGACCUCGGCGUGGCAACCGACACCUUCCUGAACCGGGACUCGUGCGGCAGCGUGCGCAUGGGCGGGCGCACGCUGUGGACGUGCCGCGACACGCAGUUCAACCGGCCCAACGGCCUGCCCGAGCUCAGAAUCAUCUCCAGCACGGCCAGCUGGAGCGACGACGGCGACCUCGUUGACGGCGCGGCCGACCCGGGCAGCUGCGCCGAGCUGCUGGCGAGCGGCGACGUCGCGGGCGCGGCCGAGAUCCGGAACAAGCUGCUGCCGUCGUCGGGCCGCCUGCGCAUGUACGGCAAGCAGUCCGGCAGCGCCUUCUUCCCGCUGCUCGACGGCCAGUGCAACUCCAACCAGGCCGGGCUCUGCCCCGACGGGUCGCGGUACACCAUCUGGCCCGACAGCCCGCCCAUGGCGGUCGGGUCUGCCGCGUACACGUGGAUCCGCAAGUUCCGCGUCAACGGCGCGCUGCAGCCCUUCGUCGUCGACCCGGGCACGGCGCUGUACAAGGUCGAGCACAAGGAGGACGGCGGCGCCGACGCCGAGGCGCUGCCGUCGGCGUCGGUCGUCAAGGGCGACUUCUGGGCAGACCACGAGAUAUCGUACGGGGCGUACGGCAACGUGGUGCACGGCGGGUACGCCUACCUGUUUGCGCAGCUCAGCCCCAGCGGCGGCGCCGGGGCCGUGGCGCUGGCGCGGGUCAAGGCCGACGACGGGCCGGCGGCGGUCGAGGACAGGUCCCGGUACGAGUACUUUGUGGCAGGCAGCUGGACGGGCAACAUGCCACGGCAGGCGGACGCGGCGCUGGUGGCGGUGCCCAACGCGUCGGCGGGCGGGCAGGGCACGUACUACUACUCGGAGGCGUGGGGGCGCUUCGUCUGGAUCGGGCAGGCCGGCCUGCGCGUGACGGCCGAGUUCUUCGUCACCACCAGCCCGGCGCCCGAGGGGCCGUGGGAACAGCCCGUGCCCUUUUACACGGGUGCCGGCGGCAACUACUCGCUAUCGGCUUAUAGCCUGCAGGCCCACCCGGCGCUAGUUCCCAGGGGCUGCGACGGCCAGGCUAUGGUCAUCUCGUGGACCAUCAACAACCUGAUUGGUCGGGAUAAUGUGUACACGACGCCGCUGGCGCUCGUGGUAUGGGAUAAAUAAAGCCGAAGGAUCACAUAAGGGCGGCGUUUUUGGUAUGAUAAUUUAAUGAUAUACGCAGAAUGGAAAGCUUGAGUAUAUAUGACCGCC